CACGCUCUGCAUGGCAAGAACUCAGAGAUUAAGGGGUUUGUCUGUACCAACUGAAAGCAUUGCUCAUGGUCCGUAAACUUGCCAAACAAAGAGGCAAGACGAACUUUGGAGGAUGAUUCAAGUUUCUUUUUUAUCUGCUUCAAAUAUUUUUUGCUUGAAGAACUUUUUUUUCUUUUGGGCAAUCCUUUACACAGGACAGGUACCUGCAGUGGAGAGUAAAAAGCCCGUGGGAGUCUACUAAGUGAAGGAGCCAGAGGAUGCAGGUGGCAGUGAGGCUUUGCAGUAACUUGUUUGAAGUUUUUUUUUCUUUUCUCGUGUCAGAGGUGAGGGAUUAUGUCUGGCAUGGGAAUUUAGGCUUCAAAUGAAGGACUUUAUAACCUGAUUCUCAUCUCCCAGGCAGACUGGUCAGUGUUUCAUACUUAUUUUAAAGUGUGAAGGAAAAAAUAUGGGUGUUUGAUUCGAGGGUGAUGCUAUUCCUUAGCAGUGGAACUGUGGAAGUGACCCCAAGGACUGCCAGAGAUGGUCAACAGCAGGAUGGGAUAACUGCCUACAGUCUCUUUGUAAAUCUGAAAGAAACACAGAGAGAUGCAGCAUUAUCAAAGGCCAAGAUGGGAUGGGACAAUAAUAACUUAUUUGAGGAUACCCACCUAAAAGAAAAGAUAAUGAAUCUUGUGCCUAUGGAGAACAGCCCGAGACCAGGCAGGGCAAGGCAGAGGAUCAAAAGAUGGCCCUCUCUAAGCAGCACAAGCAGACCUGGUAGCAAAAAAGAGGAAGUUAUUGUGAAGGAGGAGGUGAAAGGAAAAAUGAAGACUGACAGGUUUUUGAAACAACCCUCCAAGAACUUAAAAUACAUCAAGGACGUGGAAGAGCGAACAGCUCAGGAAGAUACCCAGAAGCAACAUAUUCAGGAUUCAUUAUCAUGCUCCGACCAUGUUGAGAGGUUGGUCCACAGGGAUCAUGUCACCGUUCAAGAGUACAGCUCUAUGCCGCGGGCCGUGUUACGGAGGCCCAAACAGAAUGAAGCCUUGCACAGUAGAAGAACGAUGAGUAUGUAUGGCAGCCCAGUUGAGCAGCAGGGAGAUUCUCAAUCAGGUAAAGAAGGACUGCUUGGGAGGCCAAGGAGUUUUUGCAUGCUGGCAGACCAGGGUCUAGUCCUUUCAGAACUCCAGGCUCAUCAGCUGUGCAAAAGGGAAGGAGUGAUACAAAAUAACUCACAGCACAGGAGCAGAAAGGCUGAGCUGAGGACAGUGGAUGGCCUCAACUCUGUGUCGGUUCAUUGCUCUUCAGGGUCCACAGAUGUGCCGCUCCGGGGUCGACAAAGGACUGGUAGACCCAGGCCUCUUAGUACGACGGUAUUGGAACUACGAAAGAGGGGCUCAGAUGACGAUAUUGACAAUCAGAGAAACUGUAAUCGAACAGGCAAUGACAGUGGGGGAUUUUUCAAAGGAGGCUUUCCUUGGAAAUUAUUUGGCAAAACACCUCAAGAUAAGGGUAAGGAUAAAGAGGCUUACAAAGACACCACAUCCUUCCUAAAAUCAAAUAAAUCUGAUGCUUCUAAAACUUCUCUGACCUCUCUUAAGCGGAGCUUUAGUUUGAGAAUCAGGAGGACACGGCCAUGUGAGAAAAUCAAUAAAGGUUCUGAGGGGGAGCCAAAGGAGAACUCUCUUAUUAAAGGUUCUGCAGAGGAUACAGCGAUGCCUCCACGUCCAUUCUCGUAUCUCACAGGAAAAACACUUCCAGCUCCCUGUGAACCUACAGAUCAUGGGGGCAUGCAGUACAUUCAGUACCACAGCAGGGGGAAGGCAAAGGUAAUGGAGGUACCCCUGUGUCCUGCAAAAUUAUCUUCCAAACCAGUGCAGGAAGAACAAAGCUUAUGGCAGCUCAUAGCCAGCCGUUUCAGGAGGAAAGAGCAGCCGUACAAACUCGAAUCCCAGCAGUCCCAAAACAAAGACAUUGGCCACUAUCACCAGACAGGGAAUAAUAAGGCAACACCAAUCACCAUAGAGACUUUGGCAGACACAAACUGCCACAAAGGUCAAGACUCAUUUGUCAACAGCCAGGAAUGGACAUUGAGUCGAUCAGUUCCGGAGCUAAAAGUGGGCAUUGUGGGAAAUUUGUCUAGUGGGAAGUCUGCUCUGGUGCAUCGAUACUUGACAGGCACCUAUGUGCAGGAGGAGUCUCCCGAAGGAGGACGCUUCAAGAAGGAAAUCGUGGUGGAUGGACAGAGCUACCUGCUUCUUAUCAGGGAUGAAGGAGGGCCUCCAGAGCUGCAGUUUGCAGCCUGGGUGGAUGCAGUGGUUUUUGUCUUUAGCCUGGAGGAUGAGAUCAGCUUUCAGACAGUCUACAAUUACUUCUUGCGCCUAUCCAGCUACAGAAACACAGCUGAGGUGCCCAUGGUCCUCGUCGGAACACAAGAUGCAAUCAGUGCAGCCAAUCCCAGAGUGAUUGAUGACUCUCGGGCCAGAAAGCUCUCUAAUGAUCUGAAGCGCUGCACAUACUAUGAGACCUGCUCUACCUAUGGUCUGAAUGUGGAGAGAGUGUUCCAGGAUGUUGCCCAGAAGAUUGUGGCCAUGAGGAAAAAGCAGCAGCUCUCUAUUGGUCCAUGCAAAUCUCUCCCCAACUCUCCUAGCCACUCAUCAGUGCCAGCUGCAUCCAUCCCCUCUGUUCACAUUAACCAGGCAGCCAAUGGUGGGGGUGCUUUCAGCGACUACUCCUCCUCUGUUCCCUCCACCCCCAGCAUAAGUCAGCGGGAGAUGCGCAUUGAGACCAUCGCUGCCUCCAACACGCCCACGCCCAUCCGCAAGCAGUCGAAGCGGCGCUCGAAUAUUUUCACAUCACGGAAAGGCAGUGAGCAAGCAAAGAGCGUUGACAGUAAAACAGACAGCAUAGGCAGUGGGAGGGCCAUACCUAUCAAACAGGGAAUCCUUCUGAAGCGAAGUGGCAAAUCCCUCAACAAGGAGUGGAAAAAGAAAUAUGUCACACUGUGCGAUAAUGGCGUCCUCACUUACCACCCCAGUUUACAUGACUACAUGCAGAAUGUGCAUGGAAAGGAGAUUGAUUUGCUGAGGACAACAGUAAAGGUUCCAGGGAAGCGACCUCCCAGAGCGGUGGCCACCGUGGCGCCGAGUGCCAGUCCCAAAACCAACGGCCUAACAAAGGACCGCAGCGCCCUGCAACUUGGCAUAGGAAACACAGGUGCGACUCACUCCAACAGCAGCAUUUCCCUACAGGCGGGUGGGUCGGCGUUCGGUGGCAGUAAAGAUGGUAUGCACCAGCGCUCCUUCUCUGUGUCCAGUGCUGACCAGUGGAAUGAAGCCAUCAACACCAGUACAAGCAGCGGAGCCCCAAAUGGAAUGAACGAUCCAGCGUCUUCCAGCAUAGGGAGCGCCACGAGUCCUAAACUUGAGCCCCCUCCCUCUCCACACGCAAACCGCAAGAAACACAGACGGAAAAAGAGCACAGGCAUCACCAAGCCGGAUGGGCUGUCAGCAGGCAAUGAUGAGCAAGAAGACUCCUUCGAGUUCGUCAUUGUGUCAUUGACAGGUCAGACAUGGAACUUCGAAGCUUCUACAUAUGAGGAGAGGGAGCUAUGGGUCCAAGCAAUAGAGAGCCAGAUCUUUGCCAGUCUGCAGUCCUGUGAGAGCAUCAAGAACAAGUCUCGGUUGGGCAGCCAAAGUGAUGCUAUGGCCAUUCAGUCCAUAAGAAACGUUAGGGGGAACAGCUUCUGUGUGGACUGUGAUGCACCCAACCCGGAUUGGGCCAGUUUGAACCUUGGCGCUCUGAUGUGCAUCGAGUGCUCGGGCAUGCACAGGAACCUGGGCACCCACCUGUCUCGUGUGCGCUCUCUAGACCUGGACGACUGGCCGGUGGAGCUCAGCAUGGUGAUGACAGCGAUCGGCAACGCCAUGGCCAACAGCGUAUGGGAGGGCUGUCUGGAGGGAUACACGAAGCCAGGAAGCGACAGCACCAGGGAGGAGAAGGAACGCUGGAUCCGGGCCAAGUAUGAGCAGAAGCUAUUCCUGGUCGGCCUGCCUCAGUCCGACGUUCCUCUGGGGCAACAGCUGCUCCGGGCUGUGGUUGAGGACGACCUGAGGCUGGUGGUGCUUCUCCUGGCCCAUGGCACCAAGGAGGAGGUCAAUGAGACUUACGGGGAUGGAGAUGGACGAACCGCAUUGCACCUCUCAUGUGCCAUGGCCAACGUUGUCAUCACACAGCUACUCAUCUGGUAUGGUGUUGAUGUGAAAAGCCGGGAUGCCCGGGGCCAAACGCCGCUGUCCUACGCCCGACGAGCUGGGAGCCAGGAGUGCGCCGACAUCCUGCUGCAGCACGGCUGCCCCAAUGAUUCCAGCAGCCUCAGCUCUGUCCCCACGUCCAACGUGAGCCUCCGAAACCCAAACAUCAACAACAACAACGCCCAGUGUGAGCUGAACCGCAGCAUCAGCAUCAUGUAGGAGCAGGAGAGAAGCUAGCUGCAGACAACAAACAAAAUGACACCCAAACCCGCUCAGCUGUCCUCGUCGUACUUCCUCUGUUCACACUGUGUAAACCCAGAAUCAGUACCAAUGGAGGGAUAUCAGGAGUGCUGACGUUACUGGGGAUUCUCCACUACGCCUCGAGUUUGGACAUUUUACAUUGUUUUUAUAUAUUUUUUGUAUUUUUGUUUUUUCCACUUGACUUUAUUCAGUCUUGGUCUGAAAUGAUCACGAUCAGCUUUAAGAUUUAUGUUUUUGAAGCCUCAACCAAACAAAGACUUCCUUCUGCAUUCAUACUUACCCUACAGAGAGCAUAUCCUUCAUGCUUUUACAUUUCCUAUUAUCUCCUCUCCCCUUUUGUAAUGUGAACCGAGAAAUCUAACGAGCCUAAGUCAGAAAACGCCUUCAAAUCGUCAAGUUUAAGCAUCAAAACAUGAAGUUUGUGCAAGUGAGAAAACACUGAUGCAGGGAGAAACUUAAUCUCUCAUAAGAGCGGCUGUUAAAAGCUUUCACAGUGAUGUAUGUCUUCAACACAACUUUCAUAUACAAAAGCAAAGCAAUUACGGUUAAAGAGGCCAAAUAAUUUCGACACUUCAUUUACAGGGAAAUGGAUUUGGAUCAUCAUAGAAAGAGCUGAUUUGUGAAAUGCUAUUGGGUGAGAGUGAGUCAUUUUCUGUGGCACAAUCCUUCAGUAAACGUUUCUGUGACUAUAAAGAAAUUAAGGGCCUUGAUGUUUUAGGACUAUUAAGCUGCACUGCUUUCUAAGUGUGCCUCUUCAAUCAAAAUCCAUUCAGAUUCAAAGGUUUGAUUGAAACUGUGAACUUUUUGCAUUAUGAUAUCUUUGUUAGAGUUAUUAUUUUUAAGAUUGAGUAGCUGGUAACUAUUUCGGAGAUCCACUCAUUUUAACACCACGCUAUGUAAGGAGAUCCAUGCACCUCCUGUUGCUGAUAGAUGAAAAACUGGUACGCUAGAGAUCAAAGCCACUGUUGUUGCUGUGAAAUACAUAGUUGGUACCGUGUGAGUGCGCGUGUGUUUGAUCAUAUGCUUCAGAGACAUUUCCACGGAGAAAUCCUAAACAUAAAGUAAAGAUUUGGGAACAUUUUAGGGAUUUAUUGUACAGAUAUCUGUAAAAAGUAGCUCAUGUUCCUUUGCCUUAUCUCCUAAAACAACUGUUUGAGCUUACUCACACUUUUAGUGAAAAUAAUAAACAUAAAUUCUUUAGUGUUUCCCGUCCUCACAUCAUGUGAGUGUAAAGGCUGGCGGAAAGUGAAUGCAUUUCUGUGACUCGAGUAAAGGUGGUUAAAAUGAUUGCAUUCAGGAAGAGGCUCAUGAAGCAACAUUUUCUUUCAAACAAAGGUUCAGUAUUCUGCAUUUUUUCCAGCUUUACAAAUUUGUAAGGUUUUUAAAAUACCUUUUUUGUUUGUUUACAAAGUGAAAAUAUUUGUUUACUGGGCUAAUGACUAUAAGGUACAUUAUCUGCAAUACAUGUGCUGAUGCUUUACAGUUUUCCUCUUUUUCCAACCAACUCAAAGUUUUCAUGAGGCCAAAAGAGGAAGCCAGUAAGACCUAGGAAGGAAUUAUUUGACAUUUUUUGUAUAUGUGCUGUUCUCUUCCUUAAAGCUGAUACAGGAAAAAACAUAAUAAUUCAAGACAAAGGAGAACUUUCAGAUACUUUCACAUCUGAAAGCAUCUACAAUUCACCACUACAGGGGAAAUAAGGCAGCAACAAAGAAUAGUUAACUCCUCUCGUUGGUGUCACUGGAGAUAAGCUCUGGACAUGUCAGACUCUUUUAUACUGAUAGUGUUACACUUUAGUAUUAUUUGUUUUCAAAUAGUGGAUGAAAAAUUAUCAUUCUCUG